AGCCGGGAACACGCGAAGAUCAAUGGGAGGUGUGGUUUGUGGCACGCGACCUAUAUCAUCUUUUGUCACGCCUUUUUAGACACCGACUUUUAAUCUUUAUAUAUUUAAUCUUCAUCUUUUGCAAUCAAAGUACUAGUAAAAGUUACAUUAAGGACGAUAUAUCGUCGACUCAAGAUAUGUAGCCUAUAUUUAUGAUACAUCUGGGCAAGCGUUUACUUUUAAUAAUAAACUGUUCGGAUUUAUUGAAUCUUAAUAUUCAUUUCCCGUUGAAAAAAUGUGACAUUUGAAAAUCUGUAGUGUUCAUUCAUAUCGGAGAUAGUUCAUACAGAAAAAGAUUUUCAUAUAAAGACAGAAGUUCCGAAUCCAAAGAGCCAGUCCUCCCAGGAUAUUUUGCGUGACUAAAGAGAAAUAAAAUGGUAAAUAUAGACCAACCAAUAGUCUCUGAAUCGCAAAUUAUUCUCAGAGAAAUUUUGCAAAAUCGUGAAUCAAUUUCAAGUGAAACAAAUAUAGACAAAUCUGUUAAAAUGCACGACACUCAAAGCACACCCCAUAAACCAGAUCAUGAAAAUAUGGCGCCAGGACAUGAAUUAAAUGGAGAACAUUCCUCAAGAUCAGAUCGAGGCUCAGAAACCGGAAGUGACGAAGAAUCAAGCUAUCUUGACCAGAGCAGGGUUGACGAAACUGAUGGAGAUGAUCAAAAAUCAGACGCCGAUGAAACAGGCUCGAUUGGUAUAAACCCAAAUGAAGAAAGUAAAGAGGCGAAGAGAGCAAGAGUGGAAAAUAUACUCACUUCAAUGCAGCAUCCACAAUUUGUAGAUAUGGAAUCAAUGUAUGGAAUGAAUGAAGUCAGACGACAGAAACGGAAGCAGACGUUACCUCAGCAACACGAACAGGCGGCUAAAAUGAGAAAACUUGAUGGUCCACAUUAUGAAGACGAUCUCUGGAACUUGAGACAUCAAAUAAAUGCUGUGCAAAGUUAUUUUAGACAAUAUGACGAUAGCUUACCAAAACAAAUGAAUGGCUUUGGUGCCAUGGACAAUAUUCAUAGACUUCAUCAAGCUUACUUUGCCAAUCUCUCUGCUAGACAUGCAGAAGAAGUUCAAAAAGAACAACAGCAGCAGUUACAAAAUAGAGCAGCCGUUCUUGGAGCUUUUGAGAAGAAAGUGUCCAGUGCUAACGAACAUUUUAACAUUGCGGAACAUGUAAGGGAAACAAUGAAUGCCAAUAAAGGACUCUCACAGGGUGUCGCUGAACUUAAUGAUAAAGAACUAAAUGAACUGAUUGCAAACCUUAAAUCAAAAAUAGAAGAAGCUGUAAGUGUGACUGUUGAUAAAGAACUAUCAAAAUUCUUUCAAAAACGCAAUAAUAGCAAAGACAAUGCUUUUGAUACUAGAGACAAACAAACAAAAUCUGAGACAAAUCAAAAUGAGGAGAAACAUGGAAAAGAACCAGAGAAGAAACAAACCACUGAUCAUUCACUGAAUCAUAUUCUACAAAUGCCAGACAGGUCAACACAUAACAAUUCAUUUAGAAUACCAGAGAGACACAGUGCUUUUGAAUUACCAAAACUAAGUGGUGGUUUACAGGAUAUUCCUAGGACGCCAUUUCCACACCACCCUCCUCUCGGGUAUCCUCCACUCUCCUUCUACCUCCCAAAUACACUCCAUCCGCCAUCUUUGUAUUCAUGCCCGGUUAUUCCUCCUGAGCAAACCGAAGCGCUCUCACUUGUCGUAAAUACGCCGAAGAAAAAGAGAACCAAGGUCACAGACACUCGACUUUCACCGCGUGCCGCUCGAGCUCUUUUACACGAAAAUGGCACGUUAGGUUCAGUGUUUGAACACGAAAGAGCGCUCUCUUCAAGUUUUGGGCAGAUGAACCCGCCAUGUUUACCAACAAGUGUUGCAAUACCAAACCCUAGUCUCCAACACUCUGACAUCCUCAACUACUACAAGGAACAAGCCAUGUGUAACUCCCCUAACGAGAAUGACCGCACCACACCCUGCUCAUCUACGUCACCAUCAGAAGGCGGAUUUGGCUACAUGAAGUCGGACUUCUUCAAUGACGGUGACUCGUAUGAUCAACAUGGCAAACAAAUUACUGAUACAUUGACGCCCAUGCAUCUGCGGAAAGCCAAGUUGAUGUUUUUCUACGUGAGAUACCCAAGUUCUGCCAUCCUGAAGGUCUACUUUCCUGAUGUUCAGUUCAACAAAAAUAACACAGCUCAACUAGUCAAGUGGUUCAGCAACUUCAGGGAGUUUUACUACAUUCAGAUGGAAAAGUAUGCACGCCAGGCAAUUGCAGAAGGGUGCAAACAUUCCGAGGAGCUUACAGUUAACACGGACUCCGAGCUGUACCGUGUGCUCAAUCUACACUACAAUAGAAAUAACCAAAUUGAGGUGCCCGAGAAUUUCCGACUAACAGUUCAAUCAACGCUACGAGAAUUUUUCAUUGCAGUAGCUGCCAAUAAAGAUUCUGAGCCUUCCUGGAAGAAGCCCAUUUACAAGGUAAUUGCCCGUAUGGAUGACGCACUUCCGGAAUACUUUAAAUCGCCGAACUGGAUGGAUCAACUUGGUGAUGCCUGAUGGUGAUAAUUUCAGUAGCCGUUAGAAAUUUAGUCAAAUGAAUGUCGUCUGCUAUGUGAAUAUGACUUCUCUUAGAUAGUAUAAACUGAUUUUUAUUCAAUUUAUAUCAACUUCAGGCGAACAAUUUAUAUAUUUAUAUGAUGAACGCUUUAAGAGCGCAGAUCAAAUAAUAAACUAAAAGUUUAAUACAUGUAGUAUAUGUUCUCAACAAGUGAAGGGACGUUUAACCAAAGACUGGAUGUUUGACGGGUGCGACAAUCAAAAUCCUGCCCCCUUUUUUUUAUACAUAUAAGGAAUGUUAGACUUAUUUUUCAUAUUGUGCUAUAUAUAUAAAAGUAUUUGAUAAUUUGAACUUAAAUAAUGUUUUAGCAAUACUUUUGUUUGUUGCCAGGGAGCAGUAUUUUAUUUAGUUAUUAUUAUGUUUGUUUAUUUUUGCAAAAGGUUGUGUGCAAGCAAUUGCUGUGCUUGUACACAAAUUUAACCCUCACACCGCUAAACUUAUGUAAUGUUGGGCAUUUGGAACACUUUAUUGUUAUGCUAAAUGGUUACAGUAUCAUAAAACCAAAAUUUGAGACCAACCAAUCAGAAUAGUGAUACUCGGACUAGCCGGAUAUGCAGGCUGGUUUGGCAUUUUACUGGUUGAUUGGACUGCUAAAUGUAAAGGGUUAAAUAAUGCUGAUCUAUUUUGUAUUUUGAAUAAAAUAACAAAUAAAAAUGGUAUAUUCAAUGAAGAGUGCAUUUAAUUAUACUUGCACUAAGAUAAUAUUACGAUGUUUUUUUAAACUAACCAAAUACUGUAAAACUGACACCAUUUGACAUUUUUAGUAAAAUAACAUGUAUACAUAUUUGUUAAGUCAAUAUACUUAACAUGGUUGUUACCAAUAUACAAACCACAUUAUGUGAUUUUAAAACCAAUUUUUAUUCUAAAAAAAAUAAAGUGACUUGAUUGUUUUGUGACAUUCCUCAUCACCUGACAGUGAGGGGUUACAUUCCAUAUUAUGUGACAUUCCGUGACAUAUAAUGUGACAUUCCGUGACAUAUUUGUAUUAUCUUUAUUCAAUAAAUUAAUAAAUAUUUAUUCCUUUAUUAAUUAAUUUGUAUCAAUUAUUUUAUAAUUUCAAAACCAAUUUCAUUUGAUAUACACAAUUACCUGAUCAAAAACUGUAAGACGUGACUGUUUUUGCUAUUUUUAUGUCUUGUAUAGAGUUGUCGCUCUUUUUUAAAAAAAUCCAGAUAGGUGGGGGUUAAAAAAAGAAAUGAUAUGUGUGUUAAACUGUAUUUUCCUUUACUUUUUUGAGAUCAAUGAAAUAUAUUUCUAGUCAUAUAACGAUGAUUUCACCAUUUUUACAUGUAUUACAUAUGUUAAUUUUCUUUUCUCAUUUGUAUAGUUUCUAAUCAUGUCGGGUUAAAUGUUAAUUUUUACUUCGUUAUAAUUAUAUAUCUUAUAUUAUGUCUAUUUUUUUUCUUCUGCCUGAAAUCCAGAGGACCUAAAACAUCAUAUAUUAGUAUUUUAAUACACUUACAACUUUUUUCUCUCCAUAUUUUGUAUCAUCUUUUAUCUGAUCAUAUAUUCAUUGUUUACUUCAACUGUCAUCGUUCAUAGUAACAAUCUGUUUCAUAUGUCAUACAUAUUCUCAUUAUUAUUAUAUGUUUUGCUGUUGAAAUAUCUAAAAAAAAAAAAUGACAUUGUAUAAAGACGUAGAAAAGAAAAUAAAACGAUUUUUUUUUUAAAACAAAACUUUUAACAAGCAUGUCUUUCAACAACAUCUUUGGACAAAAAAUCUUCAAAUUCAUUGUUGAUGUGUUUUCUCUUUUUUUCUAUCUUAUAAAACAUUAUGUUAAUGACAGAUUUUGUUUACGUUUAAUUAAGAAUGUAUUUAUACUUACAGCUUGGUUUCUGUGCAUUAUAAUGUAAAAUGCACGUUUUUCUCGAUUUUUUCUUUUGAAAAUAUAAUGUAGCGAGAUCGAUCUACACUAAAUAAUUUAUAGCAUGUUGUAGAUUAUGCUCUAUGCCUGAGAAAUCACGUGUCCGAAGUGUAUAUCCUGUAAGGAUUUCUGGACUUUUCAUCAAUUAAACAUACAUCAACUUAAACUGGGAAAAAAUCGAAUGAUAAAUUUGGGAAAAAAAACUACAAUGAAGUACCAACUUACAUUUCAACAUUUGCUUGCCUGUAUCUCAAUAAGUUUUUUACAUGUAUAUAAAGUUAUUUUAAAAUAGAAAAAAGGUAUAUGUUGAUUCUAUCUGAAAAGGUCAGGAUUAUUAUUUGCUUAAAUGGAAGUGGUUUUUAUCAUGUGUAAAUAGUGAAGGCUAUACAGUAUGAAAGCUGGGAGGUAUCUCAUUUUUUUCUGGUUUAAAUGAGUAUAGGUUCAGGUGGUUGUGCAAACUCUUUGUUACUUUUUUUACAUUAUUUAUGUACGCACAUUGUGCCGAUAUUUUUCUUCAGAAGAGAUUUUGUAUUGUGCAAUAAUACAUUAGCAAUUUGAUGAAUUUGAUUUUUAUUGUUUGUUUAUAAAAUACACAAAUGUUUUCUUCUUUGUAACAGAGGAAGAAACUUUUCUACGGAAACCAAUAGGGGCAAUCAUUUGCAAAACCAUGUUGCAAAAUUCCAUUUUUGAUUAUCACGGUAUGGAAGCAAAUGUGCUCCAUUGACCGCACGUAAAACUUCAUUUAUGUAUAUACGUAUAUAUGAAAUAUGAUCUCUUAUAUUUGCCAAUAAUUCAUGAAGGUUUUUUUUGUCAAUAUGUUUAAUACAUAGUUAACUGACUGUUGGUUAACGACCUCGGUCCUAAUGUUGUGACAUCUAAACAUUGCAUCAUCUUUUAUAUCUAAUGUCAACAGCCAUGUUCGGCCUAAAAUUACGCAUUAAUUCUUAAAACAGCAUCUUUUAUUUGUAUCACCAGUUUCCGCCAAAAAUAUCAAAGAGGCAGACGACAAAAAUAAAUACAAGAUUUUCUACAUAGCUAUAUAAAAGCGAACAUGCGUGGUUUUUAUACAUUUUGUUUACAAAGACUGUUUUGUAUACUGAAUUCUAUACACGUAUGAUAACAUUUUCUGAGUUUUAAAGGAUAUGUACAUUUACAUACAAAACGAAACUGAGAUAUUCUUUAACAAAGAAAAGAAACAAUUGUUUCGGGAUAGAAUUAUAGAAACAAGAUGUUCAGUUGUUGUUAUCUUAUCCUUGUAUAACGUGAAUGUAACAGCUGCGAAUUAAUGAGACAAGUCGAAACUUUACAUUUCAUUAAAACAAAGAUGUUUUAUCGCCUAAUUAAAGAUACUGUAUUAAAUAACCAUUGCAGAUGUUUACAAAUUAAUACGAACGGGAGUUUAAAUAACAUUUUCUUUGUAAGAAAUAGGUAAAAUUUGCAUAUCUUAAUUAAGAAUGCAAAUAUGCCCUACACUUUUCGUGUUGGUGUAAUUAUCUCUUUUAUAGGAAGUAUUAUUUUAUUAUUUUUGUCACGGUAUUACAAAUUGUAUUUUCAAUUAAAAAUGACAUUUCGUAUUAAGGUAAAUUUAAAUAUUUGACUUUACAAACAAUAAGUGAAUGUUAAGGGACAUUCACAAGUAUAUGGUGUAAAUAUAUAUAUGUUCCCAUGUUAUUGCCAUUUUAAAUUUCAUUUUUCAUUCCAUUGUGUUUAUUUUUUUGUAUUUAUACAUUUUGAUUGUUAUAUAUACUAUUGUUAAUGACUCCCUCAUAAUCUCUUAUUAAAUGUUCUUUUGAAAUAAAUAGAUAUUUAAUUGAAAU